GAGCCAUGAAGAAGAGGUACCUGUUGCUGGGCCUGCUGGCCGUGGUCCUGGUGGUGGCAAUCGUCAGCCUGUGCCUCUGGCUGCCCUCAACCUCCAGGGAACCCAGCCACCAUGUGUAUCCCAAGGCAGCCGUGGCUGCAGAUGCCAAGUGCUGCUCAGAGAUUGGGAGGGAUGUGCUGCUGGACGGUGGCUCAGCUGUGGAUGCAGCCAUUGCGGCCCUGCUAUGUGUGGGGCUCAUGAACGCCCACAGCAUGGGCAUUGGAGGUGGCCUGUUCCUUACCAUCUACAACAGCACCACACGAAAAGCUGAGGUCAUCAACGCCCGCGAGGUGGCCCCUGGGCUGGCCUUCGCCAGCAUGUUCAACAGCUCGAAGCAGUCUCAGGAUGGCGGGCUGUCAGUGGCAGUUCCUGGGGAGAUUCGCGGCUACGAGCUGGCUCACCAGCGGCAUGGCCGGCUGCCCUGGGCUCGCCUCUUCCAGCCCAGCAUCCAGCUGGCCCGUCAGGGCUUCCCUGUGGGCAAGGCCUUAGCGGCAGCCCUGAAAAACAAGCAAGCUGCCAUCGAGGGGCAGCCUGCCCUAUGUGAGGUGUUCUGCCGGGAUGGGAAGGUGCUUCAGGAGGGCGAGAUGCUGACCUUGCCGCGGCUAGCCGACACCUAUGAGACGCUGGCCCGAGAGGGUGCCCAGGCCUUCUACAAUGGGAGCCUGACUGCCCAGAUUGUGAAGGACAUCCAGGAGGCUGGAGGCAUUGUGACAGUUGAGGACCUGAACAACUACCGUGCUAAACUGAUUGAACACCCACUGAACAUCACCCUUGGGGACAUGGUCCUUUACACGCCCAGCGCACCGCUCAGCGGGCCUGUGCUGUCUCUCAUCCUCAACAUCCUCAAAGGGUACAACUUCUCCCCGGAGAGCGUGGAGACCCCAGAGCAGAAGGGCCUGACCUACCACCGCAUUGUGGAGGCCUUCCGGUUCGCCUAUGCCAAGAGGACCCUACUGGGGGACCCUAAGUUUGUUGAUAUGACUAAGGUGGUCCUCAACAUGACCUCUGAGUUCUUUGCGGCCCAGCUCCGGGCCAGGAUCUCCGACGACACCACUCACCCAGCCUCCUACUAUGAGCCUGAGUACUACACACCCAACGAUGGUGGCACUGCCCACCUGUCUGUUGUUGCGGAGGAUGGCAGUGCCGUGUCUGCUACCAGCACCAUCAACCUCUACUUUGGCUCCAAGGUCCGCUCCCGGCUCAGUGGGAUCCUGUUCAAUGAUGAGAUGGAUGACUUCAGCUCUCCCAACAUCAUCAACCAGUUCGGGGUACCCCCUUCGCCUGCCAAUUUCAUCAAGCCAGGGAAGCAGCCACUCUCGUCCAUGUGCCCAACCAUCAUAGUGGACCAGGAUGGCCGGGUCCGCAUGGUGGUUGGAGCCUCCGGGGGCACACAUAUCACCACGGCCACUGCACUGGCUAUCAUUCACCACCUGUGGUUUGGCUACAACGUGAAGCAGGCCGUGGAGGAGCCCCGACUACACAACCAGCUUUUACCCAACGUCACAACACUGGAGAAAGACCUUGAUGAGGUGGUGGUUGCGGCCCUGAAAACCCGGCACCACCAAACCCAGCUUGCUUCCCCCUUCAUUGCUGUGGUGCAGGCCAUUGCCCACACUGCCCGCGGCUGGGCGGCUGCGUCGGACUCCAGGAAAGGAGGGGAGCCUGCCGGCUACUAAGUACUCAGGGUAGACAAGACUGACCAGCAACCCAGACACGAGAUGCUCGCCAGGGCCGGGGUGGCACCCUGGAGGACUUGCUUCCCCUGCCAGUGGCAGAGUAGUGCAAUAAAUUGGGGCUGCUAUGCCAGGCUCCCCAUCCUCUGGGCCUCACUGUCCUGUGU